AUGGAAUGUGAUGGUUUAAAAAAAGUUCUUGUUAUUGAUAAAGAUGGAGGAUUAUUUGGUCAACCUAGUGUUAUAGUACCACAAUCAGAGUGGCAAUAUAAUCUCAAUCCUUUGUAUGGUUUUGGUGAUAAUCGUAUACCUUCAAGGAUGUUAACUAAAGUUGAUGGAAUAUCUAUUAAUCCUACAAUCCAAUGGCCUAACAAAGGUAUUAUUCGUGAUAAUUCAUGUAUUUAUAUGCCUAAAAUGCAAGCAUACAAAUGCAGUAAAGCAUUAGACCAUGAAAUAUUACUGAUUGAAUCAAUGGACCCAGAUGCAUUGGAACGUAGACUCUCACCGAUCGCGUUUGCAACUGAUGGCUUAUCUGUAAAUUACAUAGAUUUAAUAAAUGGUCCAAGUGGUCAUGAAGUAUGCUCAAGUUAUGCAUGUUUAAAACGUAUAAGUACAUUUAUGUCUGUUGUUGCACGUCAAAAAAAUUUUGUUAUGCAUAUGACUAGUACACCUCCACAAGAAUUACGUUUACCACAAGCUGAUCCAGAUUAUGCUGUACGUCUUGGAAUUGAUUAUUUCACUGCUGGAAUACUUGAUGUUUAUGUGAAUGGAGUAUAUAUGAAAGCAAAAAAUGCUAUAACAGAUAAUUUAGGUCAAACUGUACUACAAGCACCUAAAACAUUAAAUGAAUUUAUGCCAAAUGUAAUAACUGAUCCAGCUGGUACAAAUUAUUUUGAUGAUUCAUCUCAAAUGUUAUAUGUUAUUAUAAAAGGUGAAGAUAUUAUUACAAUUAAAUUAUCUCAAUUAAUAAAAGUAGCAUUCGGUUUACCCGCUAUGACUAUUGAUCAAUUUUAUGGAUCAGAAGUUGUAAACAAUUUAGCUAAUUAUUUAGGUAUACCUGCAAAGAAUAUCCGGAUAGUCAAGGUGGUAUCUGAGUCCAGUACAAAUUCAGGACGUCGUCGACGUCGAUCUGCAUCUGGUGUUUUUGUUGGAUUAGAAAUUUCAACACCACCUAGUCAAAACUUAUCAACAGGCGUAACACCAAAUGUUACAUCUGGUUUGACAAAAGUUGAAAAAAUAUCUUCCAACGUUGUAACAUUAAUACAAACAGGAUUAUUAGAAUCAGCUAUCAAUACAACAGUUGUCAGUGUAACAAUUCAAAACCUACACCAUUAUCCGGUAGUGCAUUAUGGGCUGCUCAAGUUUCAGAUUCAACAACUUCACAACAAAUUCCUGAAGCUAUUCAAAUACCAGUAA